GUCGGCCCGAAUAUGUCUUAUGGUUUGUAGUGUUGUUGCCGCCCGCGACGUUGUUUUGUUUUUGUUUGUGAAGCCAAAAUUUUGCCUAACAUGCAAUGAGUAGCGCCGCAAUAACCUAAAAGCGCCAAAAUGCUCACCGAACGAGAACAGCAGGGUCUGAGUAAGAUCAUCGGCGCUCUGGAACUCGCGGACGUGAUCGCAUUGGCGCAGACUGUCACAUGCAAGCAAGUCAAGCUGACAGAAAGAUCAGAAGCCGAGAGAGCCAUCCUCAGUGGUACGCAGAAUCCAGCCGAUCUUCUACGCCGCAAAAAGAUUCUGCGGGAACUGCUGUUUCGCUAUCUUUGGAGUGAAAGCGUCUUUGUGGCGCCUGCACUUGCCAAGUCUGAUCUCAUCAAUGCCUGCCUAGAGCACUGGCAAGAAGAUAAUGACGGAAAGACAUCGGAGGCCAGCUUCCAAGAGAAACUGGGCACCGAGUUCACCAACUGGUUCUUUGCACAGCUUAACUCUGAAGGAGAAAAGCUGGGACACCAGCACUUCUUUCCGAACUGCCAGCUCAGAGUGCAGUGCUUUGAGAAGCUUGCUGGAAGGGAGAACCCUCCACGCGUGCUCUCAAUCCGAGGUUCGGAGCCAGCCUCACGCUUUUUGUGGCAGCUGGCCGGGGGUGCCCGCCGCAUGUUCCAUCCCAAUGUGCGCUCGGUCAAGUGCGAAGUGGAGGAACAUGGACUGGCACGCAUCAACGUGAGUGGUGUCGUGCACGAGUACAACAGCUGCAUGGGACUCUUCGAGUGCGGUUUUGGGCUGGUGCGUGACCCGAAUGCGACAGCUACCGAGAGUGACGUCUGGAAGCUGCAGUUUGUCGAGGUGAUCCUCAGGGUCUCGCGCAUCGGCUUCAUCACAGCUGCGGUGCUUUCCACUGGCGAAGACGACAUCACCAUGGAGCUGGAGUGCACCUGAGGGCCUGCCCCACCGUUCUUCCCUACAUGUCGUCCUGUGCCCUUUUCCUUUCAUGCACUCCAUCCCAAUUCGUACGUAGUAGCCUCUCAGCGUUAGGGUAGUACUGGAACUACUAGCCUGUUAAUUUAUCAUUUCUCUGUCAAGUGACAGCCCAACGGGAGUAUGCAUGGGAUUCAGAGACAGUACAUAUGAACAUACGGGGGAACAUCCAAUGGGAGUAUGCAUGGGAUUCAGAGACAGUACAUAUGAACAUACGGGGGAAAAUUUUAAUGCUGUGGCACUCCGUGGGAACGAAUUGUGCUUGAACAAGGAAGAGAGGGUCACAAGUGCCCAUGGGCUUACGAAUGUACACUAUGGCUUUACUGCAAUGAAAUUGUUUUCCGAGUCUGCUGCCCACUCCUGGGCUACAUGAAUGCCAUCACACAUUUGCUUUCUUUCUUUUUCCAUGACGGAUGCAAUGCUAUGCUUUUUUGAAGUAUUUCCACUUGGCUGAAAGCCAGCCACUGUUCUGCAAGUAGCAUUCUUCUGGUUGAAGAAUGAUUGCCCUGUAUCAUUGACAUAGUAUGCGAAAGUUCCUAACUCCUGGCAUGAUGAGCAAGUAUCAAACAUGCUAGUCUUUCAAGACUAAGAACGGAUAAUAUCUUGAUGCACUGCACUGGUAUAACCUUUGUACUGGCUUAUUACCUGCAGGCAUAGUGUGCUACCACUCAAGCAGUUAUGCAAGUAGAUUUUUCGGUGGACUCUGGUGGAAGCUGUAUGCAUUGAGUGUGUGUCUAUUGCAAUGCAUAAAAUAAAAGAACGAGGCAUAUCCAGUAAUGUUGCACCAUUUAUUGUGGAGACUGCUUGCAAAUAUUUGUCAAUUUAUGCUUGUAUUGCCAAUUUGUAUAUCUCUUCAUACCUGUUUUCUGUGUAUCACUUAAUAUCCCACUCAACUGUAGAAAAGUUGCCUGCUUUGUAUUUUAAGAAAACUUGUUUUGAAGCUGUAGUGGCGUCUUAUGAUAUCUAGUUUCAGUACUCGGCUUGUUUUUCGAGGCCAUUGUAUGGCGGCCCCCUGAAUGUCGGCCAGACUUUUCCAUGAAUGAAUAUAGGCUAAAGUUUUCAUUUACGUGAAUGGCACCAGCAGUUGUGUUCUUGUUAGCUUAUUGUUUGUGUACUAACCAGGAAGAUGCACUAAAGCAUUAUGAAAUGUAACGAGCUGCCUAGGCAGGUAGCCAUAGUGAUAUGCUGCAGUUGUCUGAAUUGAAUUCAGGACAUCUGCUAUUCAAAGUGUGCCGCUCCAUUCAGUUCCCUAUUAGAAGCUGCAGGUAAAAUUGAAAGUAUUUCCCUCAUGAUGCAAAGUAGUGGUCACUUGUAUUUCCCCCUAAAUAUCCUCGAAUAAAGGCACUGUUGUGUAGAUCUCAAAACUAAGCAUUGUGACACAUGUUCUUGUAAACUUUUGUCAUGCAGCUAAUAAUGAUGAGCUUUCUUGCAAUUCUCGCAAUGAGGAAUAUAUUUCCUUAUUCAUUUUCGUGUUUACAGUUCACUUUUUCUUUGUGCCAAUGUGUAAUGAGUUCACAUUGUAUGAAUAAAAUGUGCAGCAAGCUGUCUGCAAAAGCAACUA